AUGACAUCCACGGGCGGAUGGGCCGUCCUCGAGGCCACGUCGUCCAAGAGCAAAGCCGCGGAGCACCUCGACCGGUCGACGGACAAAUCGCAGGACGUGGCGAUCGCGACGCUCGCGGGGCCGGACAUCGCGCUCUCGCUCGUGAAGACGACCGUGGGGAGAAUGCUCAUGAACGCGGAGGGAACCGCGCGGGCGUCGAACCAGGUCGCGGACAUCUUGAUGGACAUCCCGUCCGUGAGCGCGAAGCACUGCGUCAUCACGUGCGAGACGAUCCCGAACGCGGACGACCCGGACGCGCCGCCGGAGUACAAGGUCACGAUCGAGGAUCACUCGCGUCACGGCGUCCUCGUGAACAAGACGAAAAUCGAAGAAAAGAAGCCGCACGUCCUGCGCGACGACGACGUCGUCACGCUGCCGUUCGGGAUGGACUACACGUUCCGCCUGCGCGAGGACGGCGCGAAGCCGAUCACGCCGCCGCCCGUCGAGCCGAAGAGCGCGCGGAAGAAGACCCCGGGUGGACAGAAGAGGGCCGCGUCCGGCGCGGGGAAGCCGUCGGCGGCGAAAAAAACCGCGAGGGGCGCGUCCUCGCCAGAGGACGACGGCGCCGCCGUCGGGAAGAAACUCUUCGCGAACGAGGAGAAGCUCGAGGAAGCGAAGCAGCUCGAGGCGGACAACGAGGAUCUCCGCGAGAAGGUUAAGCGCGGCGGGGAGGAGGUCGAGUCCCUCCGCGCCGAGCUCGCGCGCGCGAGAGACGACGCGAAGGCGGCGAAGGACGCGAGCGCGAAAGCCGCCGCGGAGGCGGAGGCCAAACUCGAGGAGGCGGUCAAGGACGAGAAGGACGCCGCCGCGGCCGCGAAGCAAGAAGCCGCGGAGUACAAGUCCGCGGCGGAGAAGGCUGAAACGGCCGCCGCUUCCGCGUUGGCGUCCAAGACGGAGACGCAGUCCGCGCUGGAUCGCGCCAACGCGGGCCGCGAAGACGCGGAACGCCGCGCCGUCGACGCGGAGACCAAGGCGAAGAACGCGGAGGACGCGCUCGCGGCGGCGAACGCGGCGGCGGCCGCGACCGCGAGCGAGAAGACGAAAGAGCUCGAGGACGAGCUCGCGACGCUCCGCGCGAAGCUCGAAGAAGAGCGCGCGGCGACCGCGGCGGAGAAGCUGGUGUCGGACGCGAAGACGGAGAAGAUCGAAGCCGUCGAGUCUGACCUCGCGACGCGCGAGAAGGACGCCGAAGCGCUCGCGAGGAAGCUCGCGGAGGCUGAGGAGACGCUCGCGGCGGAGACGGAGCGCGCGAACGCCGCGGACACGUGCGCGGAGCCGCUUCGCGAGGAACACGCGGCCAUGACCGCGAAGUGCGCGAAGAUGGAAGCCGAGCACCGCGCGAUGGUGACCAAGCUCCGCGUCGCCAAGUUGGCGCACGAGGCGGCGACGCGAGCGAUGACGGAGGUGGGCCUCAGACUCGGCUGCGCGGAGCCGACGAACACGCAGCAGGCGAUGGAGACGGAGACGACGGCGACGGACGCCGCGGCGACGCUCGGGACGGGCGACGGCGACGGCGACGGCGACGUCGCGCCGAGCCCUUUGGGCGGUGGACGGCAGAGCUACGGCGUCGGCGCGACGCAAGCGGCGCCGCCCGCGGAGGAGGAGGAGGACGACGCGUCGCGAGACCCCGAGCCCGAGGCCGAGGCCGACCCCGAGGCCGAGGCCGAGGCCGAGCCGCCGUCCGGGACAGAGCGGUACGGCCUCGUCGGCAUGGACGUCAUGUUCGCGUCCGAGCCGCCGUCGGAGAUGCCCGUCGGCGGCAUCGCGCGUCAGGAAUCCGACGGCCUCAACGCGCACGAGACUCUCGCGGACGGCGGCGGCGGCGAAGACGAGGAGGAGGAGGAGGAGAAGGACGAGGUUGUCAUCGCGUCCGAGGAGGAGGAGGAGGAGGAGGAGGCGCCCGCCGAGGCGUCCGACCCCGUCCCCGAGACUGAAGCCCCAGCCCCGGAGCCCGCGCCCGCGCCCGCGCCGCGACGCAGCGCGCGCAGGGCGAGCAGCCAGGGCGCGAGCGUCGGCGCGGCGACGCAGGAGGCUGCGGCCGUCCUCGGCGGGUCGCAGCUCAACGCCGCGGCGGAACCGAUCGAGGAGGAGCCCGCCGCCGACGUCGACGUCGACGUCGAGGCGGACGAGACGCUCGAAAAUGUCGCGCCGCCCGCGCCGAAGGCGCGUCGGUCGUUGAACACGCUGCUCGACGCCGCGCACGAGACCGAGUCCGCGAAGGAUGUCGACGACGAGGAAGAAGAGAAGGACGAGGAGAAGGACGAGGUUGUCAUCGCGUCCGACGAGGAGGAGGAGGACGCCGUCGCCGCCAAGACGGAUUUCGUGGACCCGGGCGACGCCAUCGAAACCGAACGCCUCGAGGCUGGCGACGACGACUAG